AUGACCGACUCCGUUACUCUCGGCCCGAAACCAACGACGGUGACGGGAGGCUGCUUAUGCGGCAAACUCCGAUACACGGCCACGCUGCCGUCCACGCACGACUUCGUCACAAACGCAAUGACAUGCCAGUGCACGCAGUGCCGGAAGCAGUCCGGCGCGCUCUUCGUCGCCUUCCACCGCGUCCCGAUGCUGCAGUGGACGACGAGCGACACGUCGACGCUCGCGGAGUACGGCGCCUCCGAGUCCGCCAAGCGCGGCUUCUGCUCCGCGUGCGGGUCGUGGUUGUACCACCGCGUAAUCGGGAUCGAAGGUGUCAGCCUCUGCGUCGGGUCGAUGGAUCUGGAGGUUCUCGUGGGGGAGAAAGGGGCUGACGGACAGAGUGGUGAGGGGAAGGGUUUCGGUAGGGCGUUGGUGAAUGGGCUUGGCGGGCAUGAGUUUUGCGAGAACGAGAUCCCCGGGGUGACUGACGAUAUCCCGUUGUUGAACAGGGGACAGAGACAUCAACAGGGCAUGUAA